AUGUUGCCCGCGGAUCAAGCCCCGGAGGCGAAGAGGCAGAAGCUAGACGGGAAAGCAGGAGGUCAGGCGUCCUCGAAAAAGGCCAAGAAGACGACCGUUCGCUUCCUGAUCAACGAGGCGGCCCGCACGAAGGACGUCGAUGCUGCUCUGGACGCCUUCACGCGCGCGCGGGAGGCCGGGGACGUAGCGCUCAACAGCGUCCAGCUACACUGCAUCAUUCUGAGCCUGGUUGCGGGCUCGGAGUCAUGGGAGGCGGAGGUCGCCCGCGCGGCGAGGGAGGGCCAGGCGGGUCCGGAGACCGCGGAGAUGCUGCGGCGCUCGCAGGCGGUGCUGGACAGCCUGGACGCGCUGGGCGAGCACCACGCGAAGGACGUGAAGAAGAACGCGGAGGUCCUGUGCACGAUGCGCGCGCGGCUCCGCGCGCUGCACGGAGACGCGCGCGGGGCGCUGGAGAUCGCCCGCGCGGGGCUGGCGGCGGGUGCGCGGUGCAAGCUGCGGACGUUCGCGCCGGCGCUGCUGGGCGCGUGCGCGGGGCGCGACGUGGGGAUGCUGCGGGAGGUGCAGGCGGCGCUGCGCGGGGCGUGCAUCGCGCUGGCGGAGCCGGAGUUCCGCCACGUGGUGCGGUGUCUGUCGGAGGAGGGGGGCGUUGAAGAGGUGGAGGAGGUGCUGCGGGAGAUGGCGCGGGAGGUGGACGACGUGGACGAGGACACGGCGGCGGUGCUGCGGGAGGCGUUCGCGGCGCGCAGGGACGGGCGGGAGUGGGUGUGCGAGCAGUGCGAGGUCGAGGGGUCGGGCGACACCCCCGCGGGGACCCUGCGCGCGCUCGACCUGGAGGGCGAGGAGUGGGACGAGUUCCGAGAGGGCGUGAAGCAGCUCGCGAUGCAGCGGCACGGCGGGCAGGCGCCCGCGGCGUUCGAGACCUUCGUGGCGUGGCUGGAGAAGCACGGGCCCUUCCACGUGCUGAUCGACGGGGCGAACGUGGCGCUGUUCGGGCAGAACUUCAAGUCCGGGGGGUUCCAGUUCGAGCAGAUCGAGCGGGUGUACGACCGCGUGCAGGAGGAGUACCCCGAGCUGCGGCCCGUGGUGUUUUUGCACGUGGGGCGCAUCAAGUCGAAGCUGGCGCGCACGCGGGAGGCGCGGGCGUUCCUCGACAAGCUCGAGGCGAACCACGCGCUCUACGUCACCCCGCAGGGCUCCAACGACGACUGGUACUGGAUGUACGCCGCCGCCGUGGCCAAGCAGAGCGGCAUGCUGGUGUCGAACGACCUCAUGCGGGACCACUCCUUCCAGCUCCUGGCGCCGCGCUACUUCUGGCGGUGGCGGCAGCGCCACCAGCUGCGCUUCAAGGUCUCCGACAAGCACCUGGAGCUCUUCCCGCCGCCCGCCUUCACGCGGUGCAUCCAGCGCUUGCCGGACAACGGCGUCGGGGACGAGGAGGAGGAGGAGGAGCUCGGGCGGGAGUGGCUGGUGUGCUACCCGCGGAGCUGA